CUCCUCCCUACGCUUCUACUUUGUUGUUCUUACUUGAGUAGUAACUGGCAGGCAUUUGUCGCAAAAUUCCCCCAUUUCCCGACGGUGGCAAAGACAGUCUUCUGGCACAAUUUUGUUCGGAGAUUCUGAGCCAGUGGUAGGUUGGGAAGGACGACAUUAGGAUUCAAGGGAUGUCAGAGGACGAGAAGACGUUGACGCCACAGACGACGAAGACGGGACAAGUACCGGAGUCAUCAAUUACCUCAGCGUCACCGUCCAAGGACAAGUCGGACAAGGCAGACAAGACAUGGCACUCGUACAUUUCAGAGGAUCUUCCUCGUACAGUCCAGCAGUCUACAGACUCCGCCCUCCGCUCCGCCCGUUCCUUCCACCACUCCUCUUCUACCCAUUUCCGUACUCUUCGGGAUUUCAUGCCACAACUGGGAAGCCAGUAUAGAACCUAUGAAGAUGCAUUCUUCCUGAAAAUUAAAGAUGAAUUGACUAAAGUUAGAGAAAAUCCAGCUGUGACUGGUGGAAUUGCUGUUGCUGUUGGUCUCCUAUUAUUCAGAGGACCGAGAAGGUUUCUUUUCCGUCAUACACUGGGCCGAUUUCAAAGUGAGGAGGCGCAGUUCAUUAGAGCUGAAAAGAAUGUUAAGGAGUUGAACCUUUCUGUUGACUUGAUGAAGAAGGAGAGUGGAAAGCUACUUGAAAGGGCAGCUCUUGCUGAAAAGGAAAUGAAACAUGGCCAAAUUGACCUCAUGAAUGCUGGAGGUCAGAUUCAAACUCUUGCAAGAUCUGUUCACAAGGCAGAAACUAAAGCUACUGAUUUGAUGGAUCUACUGCGGGAACUUCCUGGAAGGGAGGCUCUGAAACUUCGAGCAGAAGUUGCUUCAGUGGCAUCGCAUCUCCGAGAACAAAGGAUCGCCAUGGAAAAGAAGACAAUGAAAAUUUCUGAUUUAGGGCUUCCUGUCUGAGGUUGCAUCCUAAUCCAACAAUCCCCACCUCCCUCUUCCCAGAAAACCAAAAAAGGAAAAAAAAAUUAGAAGCUUAGAAAUAUUCUUCUAAUUUCCUUAUGGUGUGUGGAAGUUUAUUUUUCAUUAUAUGAAGAAUGUAAGUAGGGCUUUAAAUGAGUUGGAUCAAGUCAAAUUGAAUACAGUCAGGCUUGAUUAGAUUUUUGUAGCAUGGGUUGGAAUUCGAGUUGACCUGACCUCUGAUCUUAUCUUGAGACUCAUUUGAUGUUGUGAA